CCAAAUCUCGAGCAGCAGCCAAGUAGGCCUUCCGAACAAGCUCUUGCCCUUCAUACAGACACAGAACAAGCCCAUCACCGGAGCAAGUGCAAAUUGGAGUCAUCGUAAAAGUCCUUUGAAAUCGGCAAGUAUUGACCCUAACCCCAGACUGUCGACAACACGAACCAGCGCGACGACCAGGACCAGGACCAGGACAGCAGUAGCAGCAGGGGUUCUACACGCAUUGAGGACAGGACACCAGGGUAGAGACGGCCCCAAUCUUCCUGAUCGCCAUCUGCAGCCAUGUCCGACUCCAAGAAAGAUGAAGAUGGCAGCUCCGACUUCUUCGCCAAUAUUGACCGCACCACCGUCUUCCAAGGAGCGCGACUCUUCAACCAGUCGCCCAUCUCUCCCAAGAAAUGCCGCAUCUUGCUCACCAAGCUCAUCUACCUGUUGAGUACGGGCGAAAAGUUUAGUACGCAAGAGUCGACAGACCUCUUCUUUGGUAUGACGAAGCUGUUUCAGCACAAGGACGCUUCCCUGCGACAGAUGGUCUACGUCGUGAUGCAGGAACUCUACAAGGAUGCAGAAGAUACAAUCAUGAUCACUUCUUCCAUCAUGAAGGACACAAGCACGUCCUCAGAGACCAUGUACAGGCCCAACUCGAUCCGAGCAUUGACACGUAUCAUUGACGGUGGCAGCAUUCCCGUCAUUGAGCGUCCCAUCUCUACCGCUAUUGUUGACAAGACACCUGCCGUGAGUUCUGCAGCACUUGUUUCGUCCAUCCACCUGUUCCCGCUCUCUAAGGAUAUCGUUCGCCGGUGGAUGAACCAAGUCUCUGAGGUGCUCACGUCACGCACUGUCGGUGCAACCAUUCCCAUCCCUGCUCAUCUGACACAACUCAACCUGCGACCCAAUCCAAGCUUCAUGUGCCAAUACCACGCUCUCGGCCUGCUCUACCUCAUGCGCGGCCACGACCGAAUGGGUGUUGUCAAGAUGAUUCAAACAUACAGCAAGCCCGCACAGUCUGGUGGUUCCUUCUUUGGUGGCAAGACACCUGAUUUGAGGAGUUCUUGGGCAGUGUGUCUGCUUGUUCGCUAUGCACGACAAGUCAUUGAUGAAGAUGUCAAUUUCCGUGCUCCCAUGUUUGCAUUGUUGGAUGGUUGGCUCAAGCACAAGAGCGACAUGGUGAAUCUGGAGGCUGCCAAAGCCAUCUUGACAUUGCCAACACUCACGUCUUCUGAGGCACAGCCUGCAUUGAACACGCUGCAAAUCUUCUUGACGAGCCCUCGCUUCGUGACCCGCUUUGCAGCAAUCCGCAUCCUCAACAGGUUCAGUCAGCGUAUGCCACAAGCCAUGGCAUCGCUCAACGUCGAUAUCGAACCACUCGUCAGCGACACCAACCGCAAUAUCGCCACCUAUGCCAUCACAACCCUCCUCAAAACUGGCAGUGAAGAGAGUGUUGAGCGGCUAAUGGAGACCAUUCAGGGAUUCAUGGCAGACAUCUCUGAUGAAUUCAAGAUUAUUGUCAUCUCGUCCAUUCGCGCAUUGUGUCUCAAAUUCCCCUCGAAGCAAGCAUCCACGCUCACCUUCUUGGCAGAGAUGCUACGCGAUGAUGGAGGCUAUGAUUUCAAAAAGGCGCUUGUUGAGGCAAUCUUUGAUCUUAUCAAGUACGUCGAUGACGCUAAAGAGGAAGCACUUGCACAGCUGUGCGAAUUCAUCGAAGACUGCGAAUACCACAAACUCUCAGCUCGUAUCCUGUAUGUGGUUGGUCGCGAAGGUCCUCGAUGCAAGGAACCCAACAAGUUUGUGCGAUACAUUUACAAUCGCAUCAUUCUGGAGAAUGCCAUUGUUCGCGCAGCGGCAGUCAAUGCACUCGCGCGAUUCGCUCAAGUACCAGCAUUGAACCACAGUGUGCGUGUCUUGCUCAAGCGUUGUCUUGGCGACUCUGACGACGAAGUACGUGAUCGUGCAGCCCUUGCGUUGCGUGUCCUGGAAUCAGACAAGCAGACGGAGAAGUACCUGCAAAGCGAAAGCACCUACAAUCUUCCACAACUUGAAAAGUCACUCGUGCUCUAUGUCCAAGAAGCCAACUAUGGCGCGCAAUUCAAGAUUGAAGAGGUGCAAGUCAUUUCUCGUGCAGAUGCAGACGCUGCAGCGCUUGCUUCAAAGACAGAUAUCAGUUCCGGUGAGGAGAUUUUGCCCACGCCAACAAUGGAAACGACUGUGGAAGUUCCAUCACCUACGGCUGAGAAGUUUGCAGAGUCCUUGUCUGCAAUUUCGGAAUUCAAGGCAUUUGGUGAUGUGCUGAGGUCUGGUCCUGCUAUUGCUCUAACGACACCCGAGAUGGAAUUCCAUGUGCAAGCGCAUGUCCAUCUCUAUGCAGCGCACGUUGUCUUGCAAUUCAACAUCCAGAAUACACUCACCGACACAAUCCUGGAGAAGGUCGGCGUUAUGGCAACUCCAUCGGAAGAAGACUUUGUUGAGGAAUUCAUUCUCGAAGCUGAAAAGGCCACUGCAACACAAAACGCAACAGUUUAUGCAGUCUUUUCACGGCCGGCAGGGACAUUUGCCGUGUGCGACUUCUCAAAUGUUCUGAAGUACACGAGUCGCGAACUGGAUCCAUCCACUGGUGAAGCAGAGGAGGAAGGGUACGAUGAUGAGUAUGAAGUGGAUACGCUCGAGCUCGGUGCUAGUGCGUACAUUCAACCACUCUAUGUCUCCAACUUCCAAACGACAUUCGAUGGACUUCCCGAAAGUUGCGCAGAAGUGUAUGCCUUGUCUGAGCUCAACUCCCUCGAAGAGGCUUGUGAGAGGAUUGUCAAGGCAUUGGGUAUGACACCACUGGAAGGAUCGGAUGUGCCAAUGUCUGGUAACACGCAUACCCUCAAGGUUGCUGGAAAAGUCAUUGGCAAGGAUCGCGAGAGUGGUACACCCGCAUUGGCGACUAUUCAACUGGCAUUCAGGCCUGGAAAGGGUGUGUCGCUUAAAAUCACGGCAAAGUCGGAGAAACUUGCUGUUGCGGAGCUUGUUGCUGGUGGUAUUGCUUAGAGGUCAGUAGAAUUGAUGCAUCUAAAAGUCUAUAAAGAGAUUGAUUUGCUAGUAGACGCG